CACACUUCUAUAUUUCAACAUAAAAUCUCUGACAAUUCAGGGGACCCAUUAAGGUUUAAGGAUAAUCUCAACAAACGUACAUCUCCGAGGCUCACUCCGAGAGAUCUCGCAGAGGAAACGUGAAGAAAAGAUGAAGAGGGUUUCCCACUGGUCGUAGCGGCGGAGAUUUGGGAUCGAAUCCCGCCUGUAUCCCUUACCCCGGUACCCCGUUGUGUGGCCCUUCAGAUUUCAGAAGAUAACAAAAAGAAAAAAGGAAUCCCACCUAAGCAGCCUGAUUUCAUCCCUACUGAAAACAUCACGAACACGUCAAAACCGACAAUAGUGAUGGCGAUUGACGAUAAUGUGGAGAGGAUCGUCGUCAGAUUAACGCCGUCUAUCUCUCUUACGUCGUCAGAUUAGUUUUAUACUUACGCCGUGCAAGUAAACCAAAGACUAAACGCCUGACUCUGUCUACUCGGUAUGAAACCAGAGGCAAUGAAAGUCUUCCCUUUGAGCUCCCUUGUGCUCCUCUUCUUUGGUUUUGUUUUCAACAGGGGAUUAUCUGAAGCUUUGUCUACGAGACAGAACGAGGAUGCACACGUCCCUCCUAGAGGUUGGAAUUCAUAUGACUCCUUUUCGUGGACCAUCUCAGAAGAGGAGUUUCUACAAAAUGCGGAAAUUAUCUCUAAGAGGCUACUCCAUCAUGGAUAUAAGUAUGUCGUGGUGGACUACCUCUGGUAUAGGAAAAAGGUGAAAGGCGCUCACACAGAUUCACUUGGGUAUGAUGUGAUAGAUGAAUGGGGACGGGUCAUCCCUGAUCCCCUAAGAUGGCCUUCUACCAGGGGCGGUAAAGGGUUCACUGAGGUAGCGAAGAAAGUACAUGACAUGGGUUUGAUGUUUGGGAUUCAUGUUAUGAGAGGAAUAAGCACACAAGCAGUCAAUGCAAACUCCCCUAUCUUGGACAUUGCCAAGGGAGCUGCAUAUGAUGAGUCUGGACGACAGUGGAGAGCGAAGGAUAUAGGACUGAGAGAAAGGGCUUGCGCAUGGAUGUCACAUGGUUUCAUGAGUGUGGAUACCAAGUCCGGAGCUGGAAAAGCUUUCUUGAGGUCAUUGUAUCAUCAGUAUGCUGAAUGGGGUGUUGAUUUUGUAAAGCAUGAUUGCAUCUUUGGUGAUGACCUGGAUGUAGAUGAAAUAAGUCUUGUGUCAGAGGUCUUGGAGAAGCUUGACCGCCCUAUCUUGUAUUCUAUCUCUCCUGGAACCAGUGUUACACCUGCCCUGGCCAGGGAUAUAAGUGGUCUUGUUAACAUGUACAGAAUAACAGGGGAUGAUUGGGAUUCAUGGGGGGAUGUGGCAGCUCACUUUGACAUAUCAAGGGACUUUGCUAACGCUAAUAUGAUAGGAGUAAGGGGUUUGAAGGGAAAAUCAUGGCCAGAUCUAGACAUGCUACCACUGGGAUGGCUUACUGACCCAGGUUCAAAUCGCGGUCCACACAGGAAAUGCAAUCUAACUCCCGAUGAGCAAAGAACUCAGAUGACUCUGUGGUCUAUGGCCAAGUCCCCUCUCAUGUUUGGAGGUGAUAUGAGGAAACUGGACAAGGAAACGCAUGAUCUCAUCACAAAUCCUACCCUAUUGGAAAUAAAUUGGUUUAGUACAAACAACACGGAGUUUCCUUACAUCACUGGUACAGAAGAUCAUAGAAGUAGCAAACAAGUUCUUACCUUGCGGUCCAGGAGUCUGAAGGAUGCACACACACCACAUAAACUUGUUUUCAGUCUCACAAGCUGCAAUGAAAACAGAGCAAAAGGUUGGGUCAUUGAAGCUCUUGACCAAGAUCUUGAAAGAAUUUGCUGGAAAGUUAACUUCCGAAGCAAAUACAAGCCAUCGCUUUGCCUAAACAAGAGAAAACCUCUCCUGACACCAGAUGAAGAGAUAAUUUGCAAACGUAAUCAUGAAGGUAAAUUCCAUUUACUACCAAGAGGCACUACAGAGCUUUGCUUGGAUGCUUUUCCAAGUCAAAAACUUACUUCACAAGAAUUAAGGAGUUGUUUGUUGUCUCCUUGCAGCUUGGAUGCUAAACAGAUGUGGGAGUUAAACCUUAAUGGAACACUGGUGAACAACUAUUUUGGUCUUUGUGCAGUAGCAAAGAUUGUUGAAGGUAAUGCCAAUUCUGGCGGAAUUCGCUCUUGGGUUGCAACUGGAAGACAAGGAGAGGUGUAUGUUUCAUUUUUCAACUUAAGCCCUCGCAGAAUGACAAUAUCUGCAAAGAUAUCAGAUCUGGCUAAAGUGCUUCCUAAUAUGAACUUGGACAAAACUAAAUGUACGUACAGUGAAGUGUUCAGUGGGAAAGACUAUGGGGUGGCAAAGGAAACAAUAUCAAUGGCGGUUGAGACACAUGGUUCGGCAUUGUUUAUAUUGCACUGUUAUUAGUUUAAACUUUGCUCCAUUUUUUGGGUGCGUCUGUAGAAAGCUAGAAAAUUUGAACUUUCUAAUAAAGUUCUAAUGCAAAAAAAAAAAAAAAGUAUUAAAAUGGAAUCAAUCAAGACUAUUCUAUCUUUCUGUCUUAACGCUCUCAUUAUCUCA